ACGCAGCCGCCAUCCAUUCUUUGUCCUCCUUCCCCUUUUUCAUACCCAUCCCCGCAAUAACUUGACACCCGAGUCAUUUUCCUUGGGCUGGAUGCUUUGUGGACGCAAGCGAUUAUCGUUCUCAAGAGUGGGGAUUUGGCGGGCAGUUUCGAACCGAUCAGCAGCAACACCAGGACGAUAAAGGGACAGACAGUGCGCUUCGACGCACCGCACAACGAGGAUGAUGGUAGCGCGAGAAUUGUGGGACGUGGUGAAGGAGGAGGUUAGGGACAUGCUCGUUUCGGGUCAGGAGAAAAGGAGUGAGGCUGCAUCUCCAGACAGCCCACCGAGGAUAACUCGAAGGGCUGAUGGCACCACAACGCUUCCCUCGGCGGUGUUGCCAAGUGCCAUCCCCAGUGCACCACCCGGCGAAGUCGAGUCGACCGCUCUUGCGAUUGACACGGCAGCGACGACGACCGCGGCCACUACCAGCCGAGUUGUAGCACAGACGUCAGCGAGCACAUCGAGCCCGUCAACGACAGCGGAGCCAAGCGAAAGCGACUCCGGCGACAUCAGCGGAGCGGCCACAGCUGGUAUCGUCAUCGGCGCGCUGGCGGGUGUUCUUGCCAUCUUUAUCCUCCUGUGGCUGAUCUUCAACUCGCGGAGGAAGAAGCUCGCGAGGCGGAGGCAGCAGAUCGAAGACGACGAGAAGAUCAACGGGCCUUUCGCCGAUAGCGCCGAAAUCCGGCCGCCACCCCCGAACAAGGCCCCACGCCUUAGCCUACGCCCGGUUACGCAGUUCCUUCCGAACUUCGGCGCCCAACAAGCCGAGAGGCGCCAGAGCCGAGGCAUCGCCCUGACCCUCAACCCGGUCUCCAACUCGGCAUUGAGCCGCCCGACAGGCGGCAGCGCUUGGGAACGCCCAACCACGCGCUCGGCCAUGGCCAGCCCGCACGGCGACCACAGCCGGCCCGACACAGGCGCGAGCCUGCAUCCGAACCCCUUCCAUGACAACCACCGGCUCCCCGACGAGCCCGUCAGCCCCAUCAGCUCGAUGGGCUCCUUCGACCACCGCGUCGGCGUCGCAACAACGCCCGACUCGAUCGCGGAACCUGUCUCGCCCAUCAUCGGCGACGACGAUGACAACAGCCACCGCCAGCAGCUCGGCGUCUCCUCGAACCUCACGCGCAAGACCUCGAUCCGCAAGGAUCUGCCCAAGCCCCUGGACCUGACCAAACCGCCUUCGCCGCUCUACGCCGUGCCUCCGAGCCCGUCAGGGACAGAGUUCUCGGUGCACUCGGUGGCGCCGGGCCAGUCCCCCGGUCCCUCGGCGAGCGCAGCAGAGAUCGCGGCGGCCGGCGGGCCCUCGCAGUCGACCGUGCACCGCGUGCAGCUUGACUUCAAGCCGACGCUGCAAGACGAGAUGGGGCUGUACGCGGGGCAACUAGUCCGCCUGCUCCACGAGUAUGACGACGGCUGGGCCCUCUGCAUCCGCCUCGACCGCUCCCAGCAGGGCGUCGUCCCGCGCACCUGCCUCUCCACCCGCCCCGUCAAGCCCCGCCCCCAACAACCCAACCUCCCGCACCCGGGCGGCAACCAGCGCGGCGGGCCCCCCGUCAACCCCUCCUACCACUACGGCCACGGCAACGGCAACAACCACAACGGCCCAAGGCCAAGGUCGCCAGCCGCCGGCGGGUUCCCCCCCGUGCCCCUCGCCAAGGACGAUCGCUAUGGCCAUGGCCGUGGCCAUCAUGGUUAUGGGCGGCCCAGGAGUCCUGCUAACGGUAGUGGUGGUGGUGCUGGUGCGCGGCGGGCGCCGAGUCCGCGCUUGCAGCAGCAGCAGCAGCAGCAUCAACAGGGGUGGAGGUCGGAUGGGUAUGAUGAUGGCGAGGGUGAUGUGAGCCCCGCGCCGGGGCAGGCUUACUGAGUGUGUGUCUGUCUGUUUGUUGGUGUCCCGGUGGUGGGACAUGAGGUGGUGGUUUGUUUUGAUGACUAGGGGGGGUGGUGAG